AUGGACGACAUGCUUGCCCUUGAGCGUGUGAAUUGCUCCUGGCGACGGGCAAUGGCUAGUGCAUCUCUUUGGACCCACGCAUGGCUUGAGCACCAGUGGCACAGCAGUACAGAUGCCACUACACUCGUCAAACUCCUGGCGAUGCGUCAUGGCCCGCAAGUCCAGAAGUUGACGCUCAUUGGGUGCGUUGUAGCUGAAGGCGCAUUGGUGAAGGCAGCCAAGUUUUUUCCGAACUUAACACAUUUGACGGUCUCUGGCUGCCAAACUCUUGCUGAUGCGGAUUUCACGGCCGUUUGCGAAGCGGCGAGUCAACAAUUGUUGGAGGUGCGGGCGGUCAAGUGUUUACGACUCACCGACUCUGCGCUGCAAACCAUCGGUGAUCAGCUGUCGCAGUCGCUUGAAAAAAUGAACUUUAGUUACUGUCGCCAAAUUUCUUCAGACGGUCUAAAAGCUACAGUCCGACGUUGUAAAAAGCUGCGCUCAAUAAAACUCAAGGGAUCUCCUGCUGUAACAUCCGCUGUAGUCACUUGCAUUGCCAAGAGCUGUCCCAAUCUGAAAACACUUCUGGUUGGUGGUGCGAAAAACUUGACCGACGAUUGCUUGUUUGCCCUUGGAGUUCAUUGCCCAAAAUUGAUGACACUUGACAUUUCAAGGAGCAACCCGUUCGGUUUUGGUCGUGGCGGUAUCACCGACGACGGAUUAAGAUUUCUAGCUUUGCAUUGCACACUAUUAAAGGAUCUGAAUCUGGGCGGUCAGGGCCGCUUGACGCUCUCGGUGCUUAGCUCACUCGCAAAUUCAUGUCCUACACUCGAAACGCUGGAUAUUGGUGGGUGCCGCGUGAUCAUCUCAAAUCCUAUUCGUUUAGGCGCAGAGCUGAAGUGCAUGCGUCGGCUACAUGAGCUGGGAGUUACGUUUACCAGUGGCUUGAAGGAAGGACAAAUUGAUUUUAUUGCGUCCCAAUGUCCGCAGUUAAAGUUGGUGGAGAUGAGUUUGCCGCCACCCGCUAUAUGUAAAUCUUAA